AUGAAUUUCGGGUAAGUUGACUCGAUAAUUUUUGUCAAUACGACAACCACAAAAACCGGAAUUCGACGUUCCAUUCGAAAGUCGAAAUAAUAUUUAUAAAAAAUAUUUCUUUCUUGCAGACACCACUCGCGAAUGACCUUUUUCUGAAUAUUAUAGUACUGAACCGACUAAUUCUUUUUUUUUUUUACACACACAGAAUGAAACAUAGAUUGACGAUAGACGAAUAUUCUACGUAAAACUUUUCUUCCUUCAGCGAUCAAAGGAUUUGUGUCGUUAAAGGCUCAUUUCACGCUUUCAGGAUUAUAACAUUGGAAUUUAACAUGUCGAUUUAUAUAUGAAAUUGACAGUUCGUGAUUGUGUGAAAUCAAAAGAUCUUUGCUCCUUCUGUGUGCAUUCGAUGAAUGAGACCUCUCACUAUUGUUUCACUUCUGUUACAGGUAUUCCAAAAUUCUACUUGCUUCCAAUGAAGCUUAUUUUACGUAACAAAUGACAGAUGGAUGAAAUUCAGUUUUGCAAAGCCACUUCUACUUCCACUAUAUGAUCAGACGGUCAGGAUAGGGUCUCAUUUAUCAAUAACAGAACACCAACAGCCGUCAAGAUGAACAUCAGCUCAAUAAGCAUAGGUGAUCUCUUCAACUUAUUGGAAUCCAACAAACUCGCAGAGGUAGAAGAAAUAAAAAAGAUAUUUCAUGAAUUUUUUUUAUCCACAAAAGACAAUUGGCUGGUUAAUGGUCUUUUUGAUUAUUAUUUGUCCACAAAUUCUCUGAGAGCUGUUGAAAUAUUAGCCGGCAUUCGUGAUCCACAUGAUAAGCAUCUCUUAGACCGUUUGUCUGAAGCCCUUUCCAAAUCUGGAAGUAGCAGCCAAAGAAUUCAAACCCUCACUUUGUUGGGUCAUAUUGCCCGUCGUCAGCCAACUUGGUUAUACAAGCUUGCCAGUCAUACUUUAUUUCGGGAUUUACUUAAAUUACUAAAGAUGGAGGUGGAUAUGUUAUCUCUUAUGAGUGCACUUCUACUUUUGGUGAUGUUAUUACCAAUGUUACCUGCUGCUUUAGGGCCGUACCUCCCAGAAAUUUUCGAAGUAUUUGGUCGAUUAGUCUCUUAUUAUUAUCAUCAUCAAUCGUCAUCCGUGUUUUCAUCUCCUAUGCAUUUUACUUCAGCAACAGGGACAAUAGAUAAAAAUCAUUUAUAUUUAUUACAUCUGCAAAUGGGCCUGUAUAGUUUGUUUCACAGAUUAUAUGCCAUGUAUCCUUGCAAUUUCAUUUCAUAUUUGAAACAACAACAACGAGAUCAACCGGCUACUUUUAUCCAUACAAUUAGACCAAUGCUAGAUUCAGUGCGUAUGCACCCUUUACUUGUUACUGCAUCUAAAGACACAGAGAUCUCUGCUGCUAGAUGGAAAAAGAUGGAGCAUCAUGAUGUUAUGGCUGAAUGCGAUCGUUUUACAUUGGAUAAAUAUCGGGAAGAAGUAUUUCGUACUGCAAACUCACGUUCUACGCCACUCUUAGUUAUGCCACUAGUACAUUUUUUAGAUUACUCUUCUGUGUGUACUCCAAUAAAUAUCAGUGAAGGAAUAGCGUCAUCAGAGAUCAGCAAUGGUGAAGAUGAUACGUUCUGGUCACCGAGUAUGUCAGUGCCACCUCAUAGUCCUCAGUUUCCAGUUACAUCUCAUGAACAACGAUCUGCUCCUUCAACACCUAACAAUAAUAAAAGCGGUACAUCUCCACCGGAAGCCGCAGUCGAAGCCACUCCAGAAACAACUCCUGUUAAGGAUCUACGAAAAAUGUCAACGAGGCAAAUACCUACUGGUUCUUGCGCAGUACGUGCUCUUACUGCAUUUGGUAAUGGCACAGUAGGACCAAAUUCACGACCAUCUACACCAAUCCCUUUAAAUCCAUCUGUAUCUGGUUCCGUAAUUGGAAGUGGAGAUACAAAUAAUACACAUGGAUUUAUUCCGCACAAGCUAAGUAAACUUAUCGCAGAUAGACAAACGAUCAAUCAACAAAGAUCGUCCAUCAACGUUGAUGAAGAUGGAAGAUUUUCAGAAAUGAAUAUGCAUCAAAAUGGGAAAAAUGAUUCUUGGCAAGAAGAUCAAGAGGUUUUAGAAAUUGUAAGCUCUCAAACUACUGGAAAAUUCGAAAAUUCGAAAUAUGUCGAACAACAAGAACAUCAUAAUGAAAAAAUGCAAAAUGCUUUUGCAGAUUUGUCACAAAAGGUUUAUCAGCUACGUUUGUAUUCUCAAAGUCAAGCUUCGACACAACAUUUAAACUUGAAUUCUCUUUGCAAAAUUCGAAAAAGCAAAUCUUGCCCAGAUAUCAAAAUUCAGAGACAAAUUAGUAAUGAUAAAACAGAUUCGGUAAAAAUAAGGAGGAAAAAAUUAGAAGAUACAGGAACUCAAACGUUCGAUUUACUUCCAUACGAAGAUUUGUUGCUAGGAAUUUUGGAGCAAAAGACGCAAAUCAAUUUACAAAAACGUUCUCUGCAAGAUACCGAAUUUAGAUUAUCACCAACUGCAAUGCUUGAUCGUUAUGUCGAAGCUUGCACGCAUGGAACUAACAGAAUUAAGCAGAAACAAAGAAAAGAGAAUGGUGGAGAAGAUGAAAUAGCAGAAGAAGAUACUUUCGAUGUCGAAUGUGCGACUCGGUUACUACAACUUAUGCAAAUGCAAUUGCAGUUCGAACGGCACCGUAGAGAAGUUCACGCUGAACGUAAUCGACGACUUCUUGGAAAACUGAGGGAUUCUCGUGCGUUAGAAGAACAUAAUUAUGCUGUGACUGAUCGUUUAAAAAUAAUGGAGAAAGAAGUGGAGAGCUUAAAAACUGAAUUAGAGCGUAAAAAGAAAGAAACUUGCCAAGCUGAGGACAAAUACAAAGAUGCAUUACAUCACUGGCAAACUAAGUGUGUAGAAGAACAACGACAGAAUCAGAUAUUAAAGGAACGUCUCGAAUCUAUUGAAGUUAAAUUGAAGAAUGAGCAAAAAAAGGUAGCAGACUGUGAACAACGAAUUCAGUCCACAGAGGCUUCUCUAUUUGACGCAGGCCAUCAACUAAGAGUAGCUUUAAAAGCUGCAAAUCGUAGUAAAGAACUAGAGCGUACUCUCGAUUCUGUACAGAAGAAAUUUCUUCUACUUGGAGAGAUUUACGGCGGCAAUUAGAAUCACGAAUAUCCCUUGUAGAAGCUUUAAAGAUACGUUUAACUGAAUUAGAGAACAAAGAAGCACGAAAAGAAGCGCAACUCGUAGAACUGCAACGGCUUUUACAAGAAACAAAAGAUCAACAUGAAGCUGAAUUGGAAGCCGUUGUAUCAAAAUACAAAGCACAAGCUGAGAUAAACCUUCUUCUUGAAGGCCGUAUACUUGAACUUCAUGGAAUAUUAGAGGCAGCGACUUGUAGUAAUACUACUGUAAACAAUCUAGCUUCUUCAGCAUCGCCUAAAGAAAGAUCACCUCCAUUGUCGGCUAGUUUAGCCUCUUCUAGCGAGGGAAGUCUUGCCUUUAUUCAUUCAGGUACUGGAAUUAUAAUGAAUGACUGCUGUGAUACCGCAGGCGAAAUUUCUAAUCUUCAAGCUAUCGUCGAACCUGUACCAAGCCAGGUUACUUCACCAUCUCGUCAGAAUCAACAAAGACGAAUUCCUAAACAAGACUAA